CGUCGUUAGUCACGGAACGGUCGCGGCGCACAGUAGGUGUUCGCGAGAGACAACUCCGUAUUUUCUGCGAUUUCGGCUCGCCAAAGGUGAGUUUCGUGCUUGAUUUAUUACCUUUGAGAGUGCUGAAAGUAAGAUUUGCACCUCGGUUAUAUUAAAAUAUCGUUUAACAGUCGCUGAAAGUGGAUAUUUCGUGGAUCGAGCUGUCGCGCGAUCGUCACGUAAUGGCGACUCCGAAAUCAGCUCGUCGAGCCUAUUUUCUCGCGCGCGAAUAAUCGUCGUUGGGAGAGCCGAAAGUAAAUUCCGUGCGUUUUCCGUGACAAAAUAUCGUUAAAAUGUCGCCGAAUAUUUCGUGAAACGGUCAGUCGGAAGUGCCGAAUAAAGCAUCGAGCGUUCGUCGUGUUAUAGCCUAAAAAUAUAACUGUUUGAGCGGGCGAGAUACUGUGCUCAAGUUCUCAAGUGAGAUAUUUAUCAGUCGAAAGAGAUCUGACUUGGAAAUGGAAUACGCCGUCGUAUCCUUCGGUUCGAAGUGAAUAACAGAGCGGCGUUACGCGCCACCGGCGCGCAGUCACUUACGCCAUCAUGCGGCUAAGUGACCAACUGUCUUACGCGCGCGCCGGACUCUCUCAGAGGUCGCGAAGUGUCUGUGCGUGUUUUGACGUGACGCGUGAUAUGUGUGGACGGGAGAGUGCAGCGAGACUGUCACGGCUAUUUCACGGAGGUGAUGCGAUGUGACGACUUGCUUCCGCAAGACUAUUCCACAUUCGGUGACGAGCAGCUCGGAGACGACGAUUGACAGCGGACACAGCGUCUCCGACGUUGUAGCGACUUGAAACAAGGAUCACUGGAUAGGGAAAAUCUCCGCGCUUCCGACGGACGUGAAAUCGUCUUUCCACGGAGUGAGGACCAAAUAAUAUUAUCAUUUCUCGAGACGAGAGAAGGAGGCAAGAUUUGUAAAGACUCGAGAAAGCGAAUGAAAGAAAAGGAGAGUGAAAAAGAGAGAGAGAGAAAGAGACUCCAUUACGGAAAUAAGAAGAGAAGAAACAGACAGAAGUAAAUUGCAAAAUGGAAAAUCAAGAUCCGCCGAUGCUGCGGUCGAUCAACAACCAGCACCGAUCGUACGUGAAAUUUAUUAACCAAACAUUUCGCCCGGUUAGAUUGUACUGGAUCGAUUAUCAAGGGAACGCGAUUAGUUACGGCGAGCUGUCAUCUGGGGACUACAUAGACAUAAAUACAUUUGCGACUCAUCCGUGGAUUUUCGUCGACAGCGAGACGGGGUACAGGUACAGAGUGAAUCAGAAGGACGUUUUCUUCCCCGAGCCGUGGUUCAAACACCGCGACAUAAGUAACAGGCUGAGCAAUGACGGGCUGCCGCAAAGAGUCCAGAGGACUAACGUGUACAUCACCCUGUCGGUGUGCACUCUGCGAGAGCUAUCGCUGAGGACCAUCAGGAAGUGUCUCAGGUACGAUCGACAGGCUUUUCUCCUCGACAUUCCGCGGAGUCUUCAGUACGAGCUCGCUAUGAUGCUACGGAGCGACGUGGCGGAGUAUUUUCUUUCGUGAAGAGGAAAAAGGGUAGUUUGCGCGACUCUCUUUAUGUUUUAUUACGUAAGUGACACGUGUACAUAUGCGCGCAUGGUGUGUACAUAUGAGAAUAUGAUUAAGUGAAAUGUGAAUAUGUGCGCCUUUUCGACGGGAUAUAUUUUGCAAUCAAUACUUUCGUUAAACGAAAGUAGCUCUUUUCGAUUAGUCAACGCUAAAGACAGUGUUCGUUUCGUGAUUUAAGGAUAUUAAGUGACAGCGAGAUGCAAUUAAAUGUUUGUUCGUAUUUACGACAGCGAGAAAAGACUUGAAAAGAAAUAGAUGUGUUUGAUAGAGAGCUAGGUGUAUUGGGUAGACUUUGUGAAAAUAGUUGUAUUGGAUAUCGUACUUGCUAAGAAAGAUUCUUCUUUUUAAGUAAGCAUCUCGAAGAAAAAACAAUUUUAGGAAUAGGUAGAGAGAAAGAAAGAAAGAGAAAGAGCGGCGUAAAGUUGCCCGUUUUAUUCGUUUUGCCACAUUUCACGCAUACUUAUUUUUGUAAGCGGGCGAUAAAUUAAUGUUAAUAUUUUAUAUUUUCACACCAUACAUUUGUUAUUUAGCAUCGCGUCCUAAUAAUAUAUGUGCAAAUAUAUUUCUGUACUUUAGAAAAAAUGAAUGAUACUGCACACAG